CUUCCUUUUUCAAAAGAAACGAUCUAUUUAUAACACCCAUUAAGGACCAUGGCCAGUAAUUGGAGUCUUUGCGGUAUUUGUGAUAAUCGUCAGAUGACAAAGCCAUCAAUAGUCUGGUGUUCCGAAUGUGACGAAGGACUAUGUGGCGAUUGUGAGGUACAUCAUAGUAUUUCCAGGAGAACAAAAAAUCAUGAAACCGUUUCCUUCGCUGAGUACGAAAAAUUACCGACCGAAGUCUUGCAAACCGCCCAAGUCUGCAAACUCCAUAAUGAAAGGUACGAGCUUUUCUGUAGAAAACACGACUGUCCAUGCUGUAAGAAAUGUGUCAAAUCUCACAACGAUUGUAAGGGUUUAUCCGAUAUCAAUGAACUUAUUAAAAACGUUAAAACUUCAAACGCCUUUUAUGAAAUCGAACAAACCCUGCUUGAAGUCGCUGAGAAUUUGAAACGUCUCCGCGCUCACCAGAAAGACAAUUUGAACUCGCUUAAAGACAAGAGAAAAGAAAUUGAAGCAGAAAUAACACAAGCUAGGGCCAAGAUAAAUCAUCACCUUAAUAAACUUCAGGAUGAUUUGAUGAAAGAAUUAAUAGCAGUUGAAAAAAAAGAAAGCAACAAUAUAGACAAAUUGUUGACUUCUCUGAAAAAGAAGGAAAAAGAGAUCACUGAAAUACAAGAAAAUCUUGCAAAUAUCAAACAGCAUGCGUCCGAGCUUCAAACAUUUUUAAUAAUGAAAAAUAUCGAAAAGGAUAUCGCAGUCGGAGAAACUUUUAUAGAAUCAGUCAGCAAAAGCGAAACCACAAAUCAAAUAAAUGUUUCAUAUCAAAUUAACAAGUCUUUACAGGAAAUCACAGUCAGCGUGCAGGAGUUUGGUGAAAUCAAUGUCAGAUCUGAUCCAUGUGAUUUUAUCAUUCAGAAACGGAAGGACAGACAAGCCCAAAUUAUGGUAGCUCUUCCAGCCAGAAAUAUUGAUAACCUGACUAUGACGUUACUGAAACGUAUCAAAACAGAGUUGUCAGAUGUCCGGGGGUGUUCACAGCUUCCUGGUGGUAGGAUGGUAUUUUCAUAAUAACUUUGACGUUAGUGUAUUUUCUAAUUCAUAUUAGAUGGCAUAUAAUAGAACAAUUGACGGGAUCUUUUAAAGUGCAAACUCAUGAUAUUAGAACUAAAGAUACACAAAAAGUCGCAUUUACAAAACACACCACCAAAAAGUGAAAAAUAAUACAAACACAUUGAUGGGAUGUUUAAGUACCGAGCCACGUUAAAUGGAUAUCACAAAAAACAAUCCAACAGUAAAAGUAAAUCAAUAAAAGAACAAAGACAAAUGAAAGAACAAUAUAACAUGUUGUUAAGAUGAUAAACAACAUCAGUACGCAUAAUUUAUACAUCAAGACCAUCAUGUAUUAUUUGUGAAGUUGAU